GCAACGCCUCAAAAGCCCAAAUUUGGUCCUGCUCCCACUACGCGGAAGCGGUCGGAGACAAGAGAAGGGGAUUGGAUAGAGCGUGCGCAGGCAAGGAGACCACGAACUCGACGAUAAGCUCUCCGCCAUGAGGAACCCGCCGGGCAGGCACCUCCUCCGCCUCACCAGCCGUGCCGUGCGCUCCUCCUCCUCCUCGUCGGCGCUCGGCGGCGGCGGCGCUUCCACCUCCGCCGCGUCCCCGCGCCCGCGCACAGUCGCCGGGGGACGGCCCCUGCGCGCCAGCUCGCCGCCCCCGCCCUCCGCGGUUGCCGCCGCCGCGUACUGGGAUUCCCGCUCGCUCCGCCGCGACGGGGAGGAGGACUGGGAGGAGGUCGUCGCCCCUGGUCCCGGAGAGGCGGCGGAGGAUGAGGAGGACGAAGAGUACAGGGUGGUGUUCUGGUCCCCACCCACCAUAGACGAGGUCACCGGCGCAGUCACCAGCAUCCAGCAGGUAUUUGAGAAUCCUUUUGGCUUGGAUUCAGAUAUAACCGACAGACAAAUAGCAUUACUGUCCACCUCAGGACAUUCAUCUGGCGAUUCAUCAGGAUCAGAUGACUGGAUUGAACCUGCUGCGUAUGUUCUCAACUCAACUGCUCUUCUUUCAAGGGAACAUAGGAAUGUUUUGGAUGCUUUCCGUAUAUUGCAGAAGGAUCCUGCUGUUCAGAAAAUGGUUAUGUCCUUGUCAUGUGAUAAGGCUGUAUGGGAUGCUGUCAUGAAUAAUGAGUCAGUUCAAGAUUUCAGGAGAUCCUUACAUGAUGGGAAAGAAAAUGAUAAUAAGGGAAACAGUGAUGGUCCUGCUGAAGUGCUUAAGUGGAUCCUGGACUGUGCCCAGGCGAAAAUAGUGGAAUUCCUUGAGAAUGUAAUGAAGAUUGUCAACAUGCUGAUCCGCCCCCACGGUGAUGAGAAGACUGAUAUGUACAGUGAUGCGGUGAAGGCAUCCUUCAUGCUCACGGUGUUCGUCUUCAUCGUGGUGGCCAUUGCUCGUAUCAAUUCUGAACAUUGGGAUUUCUAUGUGUGGUGAUGCAAAGAUUCUGCAAGCCGUUUGUGUAUUGUUUGUAGGAGAACAUAUCAAAGCUUCAUAAUCACAUCCACACGAAAUUUAUACAUUUAUUCUUGGGCUGUACCAUUUCACCCUGGCAGAUCAUGCAAGGGAACGGUUGUUUUAGGUCC